GUCGAAAAAUAGUUUUAGUUUGUUUAUCAACAAAGUAGCAUGGUGGAUGGACAACCGCUACGCUGAAUUCCCGGUAAAUUAUUUCCAGUUAUGUGAAUAUAGUCGCUAUUUGUGCGCUUUUAUACGAAUAAUUAUUGAUACUCAACUGCUCUCGAAUUAUCAUCUGCAAUUUCAAUGUUUGUUUCCAAGAUGUGAAACUUCAUCAGCCACCCUCCCUCUCUCUCAACCUCCUUGCAUCAAGAACAUCCGACAUAUAUCCCAAGACAAGCCCCACCCAUGUUGAUAUCGUCAUGGUACACGUAACCGAUUCCUACUCGUUCCUUGCCGGUCGCACCGAUCCCCUGUCCUCCGUUAUAGAGGAUGUCUUGGUUGCCGUGACAACACAUAACCAAACCCCGCCUGUGGAUGUUGUACUACGAGGGUGUCUCUGUAAUUUCGACCCUCUAGCUUGCAUCAGAAACGGAAUCCUUUCACUAUUUGUGGUAGUACUUGGCCUACUCUGUCUAGUAAGGGUAACCAAAUUGAUUGAUAUCGGCAGGCGAUACCACCAAGUGACCGUCUUCACCCUUGCAUCAAUAGAAUGCCUGCUCAUAACGAUACAUUGGCUCUUUGCGCAUCAUCCAGCGCUGGAGUUAUCGGUGCAACUCAUGAAGAUGUUCCAGCUCAUUGUAGUGUGUCACUUCUACCUUGCUAGAUCAGUGAGAAUGCUGAAGAAAGAAUAUCUCAAUAGAUUUAUUGUUCUCCCAGUACUAGUCCUGUUUUGUGCUUACUUCUUAGCCAUCACCAUCGUGGGUGCUGUUACCAGCAUAAUACAUGAUCGUCAGUUAGAAUCAUGUAAAGAUCCGUUUUGGGUGAUGUUUUCUGCGGCGGAAUGUGCUUUGGUCCAGAUGUUCCUGAUUUGUGGCAUCUACAUCACAAAGAAACUCAAUAACGUCACCAUGCUACGCAGCCAAAAAAGAGCACAAAAGAGAAAUUUAUGGAGUAUUAUUCUUGCCUUUGAAUUGUCAUCCAUUGCAACACUCAUCUAUGACAGCUUUAUGUUAGGCAGUAUGGAUGGUCAUACUAGAUGCAGUGAUGUAUAUAACGACAAUAAUGUAUCUUAUAGUGUGGUGUAUCUUCUAUUAAUGUUCUUCAAAAUCAUAGUGCCAAUUUUAACACUACUCGUCGUGUUCCAUCCCGUUGAUCGAGUGGACCAGGAAGAAAGACUUAUAUCCAGUGGCUCAGAUUAUGAUGGUUAUUAUCAUCAUCACAGGCGGCUAUACUCCCCAGGGACGUCGGGUCACGGUUUCACCCCUCCUCCCCCGCCGGUUCGUAGCCCUGCCAGACGUACCCAGUCUUUCCCACGGUUACCAAUGAUCACCGAAGAGGCGGAACCAACAAGUAUAAACGCCUCCCUCCCCACCUCUGCGUAAUUUCUGAGAGAGGUAUUCCUUGUUGCUGCUAUGUGCUUGUAGCUCUGCCCUAGGUACAUGUACAGGGGUGUACCCAAUCUUACCCACGAACACCAAUGAUCACUGAAGAGGAGGAACCAAUUAGUAUAAGUGCUUCGCUCCCCACCUCAGCAUAAAUGUACCAAGAUUUGUGAGAGGUAUCCCUUGUGCUGCUAUGUGGUACAGGGAAUAUCCUGAAGAGCUUCAGCUUUUACCAUUUCAGAGAGUCUGCCAGGAGUUAUUCUGUAGAAGUUGGUUUCAGUGACUGCCUUGCGGAUAGCAGCAUUCUUGCUUGUGUGAGGUAUUCCUUGUUGCUAGUAUGUGGUGUGGGAAUAUUCGAAAGAGCUUCAAGUGCUACCAUUCAAGAAAAUGUACCAAGAGCUAUUUUGUGGAAGAUGGUAUCAUGACUGCCUCAGGAAUACAUUGUAUUAGCUAUAUGUAUGAAGCUUGUGAGAGGUAUUCCUUGCUGUUGCUACAAUAUCAGUUUGGGAAUACCCUAUUUUAUAUAAGCGAGUUAUCAUAAACAUAAUGAUCUGAUAAAAUGGAGGGAUCCACUGAAAGGCAAAUGUGCUACAACAGUUUCAAUAUGUACAGUAUGCCAAAGUUUAUUUUGUGGCAGUUUUGACAGCCUUGAGUUAACAAAAUAUCUUGUCAUUUUACCUUGUAUACUAGAAUUGCAUUGUGAGAGGUAUCCCUUUUUGUUGCUGUUAUGUGAAAAACUGUACUAGAAGUGAUUCUCCAGUUCUUCAGAUGGCAGAUUAUCCUUUAGAGUCUGUACAUGUAGGUCUGCGUAUGGUAUCAGCUUAUUUUUCAUAAAUAAUCAUGAUUUAUAUACUUGACAGAAGAAACGCUUGCUUUUGCUUUUUUGCGAUGUGGGGAAAAACAUUAACUCCUUAGGAACUCCCAUAACAGCUGUAUUGUUUGAAGGUGAAAUGGGUUUACACCUGAAUUCUACUAUGAAAAUCUCAAGGAUUUGAAGUAAAAUUACAAAAUUCAACACUCCGUGGAAAAAAUUGUUAGAUGUGCUGGUUUAACAAUUUUUCUUAGUCAUAUUUUUGUUUUUCAUUUGUCAUUCAAGACCCCGUAGGCCUACAGUAUUUGAGUCUUUAAAAAAUCAAUGUACACCUGUAUAAAGAAUGAAUGCAGAACCUAUUUUGAAAACGAAAUUCCUGCAGAUUUGUGAGAAGCCUUCUACAAACAGAAAAAAAAAAUUUUUGCUGUAAUAUGGGAACAUUGGCUUAUGAUAACAGAAGACAUAUUGAAUAAAUCUUUAUUUCGCUAUGUUAAAAAGCUGUUUCAGAGAACACUUUUUCUAUAUCCUUGAAUCUUCGGUUUAUUAGAGCCUGCUGCAACUGUAAAUA